AUGCAUCUCAAGACCGCCCUCUUUACUGUCUUAUCUCUUUCUGCCUUCGCCCAGGCCUCUGUUAUCGAAAGCCGGGAUGCCAACAGUGAUGUUUUGAAUGCCCACAACUCUUUCAGAGCCAAACACAGCGCCGCUCCUUUAAAAUGGAGUAAUACUUUGGCGGCUGCUGCUCAGAAAUGGGUCAAUAGGUGCCAAUUCCAGCAUUCGGGAGGGGCUGUCGGUCCCUAUGGAGAAAACCUCGCAGCUGGUACGGGUGGAUUCAAUGGCGUUGCAGGUGUUAAGCUGUGGACUGAUGAAGCUAGUGAGUACCGUUGUAUUUGCGCUUCCCGCUUCAUUGCCAUUUGGAAAUGGUCCUGA